UUAUUCAUUCUGUCAAUCCAGUUUUUCUUGGAUCUUAUUUCAUCCGAUUUGGUAUGGAUGUUGGUAUACAAUUGGUUUUCCACUUUGUAUUAUCUUGGGUGAUUAACCAAGGACCUUUACUCUCCAAACAGGAGAAAUUCAGUUCAGACAUGGAUAUGGGUGAAAAAGCAAACUUUGAAAUGCUUUCUUUUGAAGCCCCAAAGAUUCGGCUCCUCCGCAGUCUCUAUAUUGAAGGGAGUGACGAAAUGCAGGUCUUGGAUUUUGCUGUUUUCCCCAGAAUCGAAUAUGAUCUGCCUAUCUUUUGUGCGAACUUUUUUACAACUGCCAAAAUGAACAUAAUCGUACUUGAUCUUAACCCUUUGCAUGAUGUCAUCAAUCAAAUAGAUUACAAGGAGAAGUAUUACAAGCACCUUAUUCCUCUUGGCCUUAAGUAUUCUCAGCUUUUACCCUGGGGAGGAAAACUUACCAGUGAGUCAUUAAGAUUUUUCUCUCCCAUAGUUUUAUGGACAAAAUUUUCCUCUGGUCCUCACAACCAUAGCAUUUUGUAUUCUGCAUUCAAGGAUUACUAUAAGGCAUGGCUAAAUCUGAUUGACAGAGCAGUGGAGGACACUGACGCUUCUCAAAUCAUUUGCAAUCGUGAAGCACAGCACAGGUACCUAACAUGGAGGGCAGAAAAGGAUCCUGGACACGGGCUUCUGAAACGUCUGAUAGGAGAGACUCUUGCCAAGGAGCUGACUAUGAACUUCCUCUUCAAUGGCACUGGUGAACUGGGGAGCAAAAGUUUUCUGGAUUACUUUCCAGAGUACAAACGCGAAGAUGGAAGCAUAAACGAGAAGCGAAGUAUGGUUGGAAAGUCUUUUGAAAAUCGGCCAUGGGAUGCGGAAGGAAAUUUCAUCGGCGAUACAACACCUCAACACAAUUCAUCACUUACAAAUUUAGAUCAUUAAGAAUGUGAUGUUUUCAGGUUUUGUUUUCUACAUUGUUGUAAUAUAGGCACAUACAUUUAUUAAUACUGAGUAUGCCACUACAUCAGAACAGGUUGUUUAUGGAAAAUAUCACACUUUCUCAUGAAAUCACUUGCUUCUUUUCUGGUGUUUGGUCAGAAAGAGGUUGAAAUAUUUACUAAA